AUGGCAGACGAGGAUGGCGAUGGCCCCCAGCCUUAUGCCGCCUACCUGCGGGCCAUUCUCCAAAAGGGCCUGCUGGCCAACGAGCUGCCCAUUGUGACAACAAACCCAAACUCGCUCGAAGAGCAGGCCAGGCAGAAGAUGACCAAGGCGGGCUUCGAUUACAUCAAGGGAGGGGCUGGUGAAGCGGCAACAAUGGAUGCCAAUCGCCUCGCUUUCCGCCAGUGGAAGAUUGUUCCUCGUGUCUUGAAGCCCACGACGCCGCGGGAUCUGAGUGUCACCAUCUUUGGCCAGAAAUUUGACGUUCCCAUUCUCAUGGCGCCUGUCGGGGUCAAUUCACUGUUCCACCCGGACAAAGAGAUUGGAGUUGCCCAGGCCUGCGCCGAAUUACGUGUCCCGUUUACCUUGAGCACGGCUGCUGAAUCUUCGUUUGAGGAAAUCGCGGCUGCGGCUCCGGAAUCGCCAAAGUGGUUUCAACUAUAUUGGCCCAAUGACGAAGAGAUCACAGCUUCGCUCCUCAAGAGAGCCAAGGAGAAUGGCUUCACAGCGCUUGUAGUGACUUUGGAUACUUGGACCCUUGCUUGGAGACCGUAUGAUCUUGAUACGGCCAAUGUUCCCUUCAUCCUCGGUCAAGGAGACCGGAUCGGCUUCUCUGAUCCUGUCUUUAGGCGCAAGUUUGCUGAGAUGAGCGACGGUGGAACUCCCGAGGAAAACACGCUACAGGCGGCUAUGUACUGGACUGGAGAGACUUACUCAGGGACAUCUCGGUCUUGGGAGGAUCUCAAGAUUCUGAGAAAGCACUGGGAUGGGCCCAUCGUCCUCAAGGGCAUUCUCAGUGUCGAAGAUGCUGAGCUGGCUGUUGAGCAUGACAUGGACGGAAUCAUUGUCAGCAAUCACGGCGGCCGACAAAUUGACGGCGCCAUAGCAACUCUGGACGCCCUGCCUGAAAUCGUUGAUGCUGUCGGCAGCAAGCUCACCGUCAUGAUGGAUUCUGGCAUUCGCACCGGCGCCGACAUUGUCAAGGCUCUGGCUCUUGGAGCCAAGGCCGUCUUUGUUGGGCGACCGGUGGUUUAUGGACUGGGUAUUAAUGGUAAAGAAGGUGCCGAGGCGGUGUUGGCCGGAUUACUGGCCGAUCUUGAUUUAACCAUGGGAUUUGCUGGAGUCAAGAACAUUGCGGAGUUAAAGAGAUCGAUGCUGCGAAAGAUUCAACACUCUGGAGAUGUCAAGUCGAAUCUUUGA